AGACUUCCCGGAAGCGGAAACUGCUGUCAGAUUUGUAUGCGCAGAUUCUACACGAGCUGAGCCUGGCCAGUGCCCAGGGCUAAGUAACCUUCCCUGUCCCGCCUCGGCCUGCCCGCAAGUGGGAGUCGCCCGGCAGCAGGGCCUUGCUGUGGAGUUGACCCGGGCGCUCUAUGGCAGGUCUGACUUGCUCCUGAAUCAAUUGGCUCCAUCUCUCCUCUGAAACAAAGGGGACUGUUCAUGUGAGUUCAGCAUGGCUGGGACAUUGGGACCUCACAGCGGGACUCAUGAUCAAAACUACUUAUGUGCAUGAGGGCUUGUGUGCAAAAGGGAGACUAUUGCUAAGAAGAGAAGAUUGAGCAGGAGGAGAUGGGUCAGGAGGAUCUGAAGGACACUCGCUGAGACCAAAAAGACUCAUAGGAAAGAUGAAGAAACUGAGGGAGGCUCACGAGUGCAGCUGUUUGUUGUUUUUGCUUAGAUCUGUAACUAGUGUGCUUGCCUGUUUUGAAAAAAAUGACCAGACAUACUAGCUGCUGGAGUUAAACAAACAAAAAACAGGGAAGAAUGUGUUGAAGCAGCACCACCCUUACUAGGAAUCUCAGCUUUUCUGCCCCAUCAGCUCCUAGAAUUCUUGUCAGUGUGCUGCCUUUAGACCUUAUUUAGGGGGACCUCCAUCUCUUCCAUCAGCCUCUGGUUACUGGAAUCUCUGCUGAAGAUCAGACUGAGUGAAACUAAUACAAGCCUUAGCUUCUUCUGGGAAGGAAGGUUCACAGAUCUUAAACAAAAGAGAAUAUCCUGUAUUAAACUUGUCCCAAAAUCUAAAAGAAGAAUAGUGUGUGAAAUAAUGGCAACCGGAGACUUAAAAGGAAGUUUACGCAAGCUAGAUCAAGGACUUCGCUUGUUAAACUAUCCUAGAGAUGUGGAUUACACAGGCAGUUUUGCAAAGGGUGAUCCAGCUGCGUUUUUACCCAUCAUCAGUUAUUCCUUCACGUCCUUCUCAACUUACAUAGCAGAACUUUUGGUGGAAUCUGAUGUAGAGCUCACGGCUAAAAGCGAUUUGCGUUUUAUUGAAGCUAUCUAUAAGCUACUUCGAGAUCAGUUUCAAUACAAACCAGUUUUAACAAAACAGCAGUUUCUCCAGUGUGGCUUUGCAGAAAGGAAAAUACAGAUUGUUUGUGACAUUAUCAGUGCUGUAAUGAGAAAGCAUAAGGAAUUAAGUAAUAUGAAUAAGGCUAAAUCUCAAACAAGAAAAAAAACCAGGUCUUUAAAAUCCGAGUCACAAGCAAAUUAUGAGAAACUUCUUGCUGAUCCUGUUAUUUGCAGGACUGUGAUUUCUCAGCAGAAACCUCAAGUGGAACGUCACCCAGAUAGUGAAGUUAAUGUGCAUGGCUAUAAUACAGCCAUUCCAGUAGAUGAAGAUAGUGAAGAAGAAUCCUGUGUAGCUGAUGAUGUUUUGGAAGUUGUGUGUGAACAAGCCACAGAAGAUAAUAGUCAAAUUGAGCUGCUAAAGAGCCAGCUUGCUGAUUGCCAAGAAAAACUUCAUAAGCUAAAUUGGAUGGAAGAUAAACUACAUGUUUUAGAAGAGAGACUGAAAGGGAAGGUGAUUAUAGAUGAGAAGGACUGGAAUAAUCUCCUGAGCCGGAUCUUGCUUCUUGAAACAGAACUGUUAUUGCAAUCAAAAAAGAGUGACUUAUCUACAGAAUUUAACAAUAUGAGUGAAGACCAUACCUCUAGUAGGAAUAUGACUCCAAUUUCUCCUGAUAUUGAGAGGAAGGAGGAGAUGCCAGAGUCUCUUCAUCAGUCGUCCGGAUACAGUUCACUAUUAUCCACAGACCCAUCUCCUAAAGCCGCAACCAUUAAUUAUCAUGGUUUGACAGAGAUUUCAAAGGAGACAACAAGACAAAGAAUGGAAAGGAUAAGUAAAAUGAUUGAAGAAACUUCAGAAUUGCUGAAAAAUUCAAAGUAGCACAUCGUAGACAAUUUUCUGUCUAGACUUCUGGAUCUCAAAACUAUUAUGUAAAUUUGUACAAUUUUAAAGUUUUGAAUAUAUUAUCAGUUUUA